AUGGCCACGCCGCACACGGCCGCCGCCGCGCCGCACCCGCCCGGCUGGACGCACCACGCCCGCCCGCCCAACGCCACCUCCGACUCCUACUUUCCCUCGGCGCCCAAGACGCCGCGCGCCCACGGCCACAGCCGUGUGCCGAGCGGCUCGGGUGCGCCGGCGUCGGCACCGCGCGGCGGGGCACACAACAUGUCGCUCAGCCUCUCGUCGGUGAACCCGCCGCCGCACGCCGACGCCUCGGCCUACUACGGCGACGGCGGGCCGCACUUCUCCCACGGCCCGCCGAGCCCCAGCACGCUCACAGACAUCAUCCUCGGCCUGCACGGCACGCUCUACGGCGGCAAGCGCCUGCCGGACGAGGUGCGCCAGAUGGUGGGCCGCUACUACGAGACGGACGCCGUCUUUGAGUCGCCAUUGCUGUCGGCCCAUGGGCGCGACCAGAUCGCGAAUCAGUUCAUCAUGGCCUUUGCGCUGCCGGGCAUGGACGUGACGAGCGAGCUGCGGGACGUGAUCUGCUCCGACUUUGAGUUUGACGGCACACGAGCCGGCAUCAUCGAUCAGACGAUCAACGUCACCUUUCUGCCCGCCAUCUUCGGCGGCGCACCGCCCUCGACCACCGCGCACCACCACGCCGAGGGCCCGCACGCGGCCGACCAGACGCACUACGGCCUGCACAGCACCAUGGCCACGCCGCAUCCCUUUGCCAACUACGCCAGCGGCAGCGCCUUCCCGUCGGCGCCGCAGACGGCCGGCGGGGCCAUGAGCUCGCUGUUCAGCCGCUUUGGCGGCGGCUCAACCAGCGCUGCUCCGGCAGCAAAGAGCGGCACGCACAGCCCCACGACGCCGUACAGCCUCUGGGGCUCGUCGCGGCCGCACACGCCCGGCCAAGGCGGACACGGGCUGCGGCCGCUCUCCAACGCCUCGGCGCCGCAGAGCGCGCACCCGGGCUGGAUGCCGCGCGCCAGCACGCCGCCGAGCGUCAACGGCGAGUACGACGAGGAUGAGAGCUACAGCGCCAACGGCGGCGGCGACAGUGCCGGCUUGGGCGACGAGACGACGAUGGUGGCGGCGCGUCCGGCCAUGCCGCAGGAGGCACUAGUGCCGCAUUGGAGCCACGAGGGUUUGGGCCGAUCGACGGUGCGCAACCUCGUGUGGAGCCUGGUGCACCCGCGUCAGGCGCUGCGCAGCCUGUGCACGAUCCAGCUGCGUGUCAUGAGCCGUCUGGAGUUCAACGACGUCGGCCUCAUCGUGCGCCACGAGGACACGUGGGGUCUGCGCGAGGCGAUCGAGGGCACGAUUCCCUUCAUUGGCCUCCUCUACGCGAUCGAGCGCCGCGUCGUCGGCUUCCUCGUCUCGUGGGCGGUGAGCAAGGGCGUGCGGCUCUCCGAGAGCAUCACGAGCACCGGCCGCAUCGGCCCGCCGCGUCCGGCAUCCGAGCCUGGCACGCCGUGGGCGCUCACCGAGAAGGGCGAGCAGCACCGCAGCGGCGCCAACGAGGCGGCUCGCGCGCUGCUGCUCGGCGGCCACCACCAGCGCGCGCACUCGGCGCAGCCGCAAUUCUACACCAUCUCGCGCUCGCGCGCCACGAGCCCGACGCGCUUCCGCUUCCUCAGCAGCGGCGGCUCGGCGCACAGCGGCGCGCAGACGGUGACGGGCACGCGUUCGCGCGCCCGCUCGCUCGUCGGCACGCACGGCAUGACGUCGCGCACGACGUCGUCGGACAACCUGGCGCUCUACGGCUCGUACCAUGGCUACAACCACGCGCACGAGGCCAAGGACCGCGAGCUGCCGCCCGACUCGAGCGCACGCUACCGCUCGCGACGCCUCGACGGCGGCCGCAACUCCAGCGCGGCCAGUGCGCCCAUGGGCGACGAGGUGCAUGCCUCGCCCGGCGCGCAGAACCUCGAGGCCGUCUUUGCGGACCUCAAGGCGCCGGACCGUGAUGGCCACUGA